AUUAAGAACACAUUACUUUCUAAUUAAGAAAAAAUGGCUAGGGCCAAACCAAGUUUUUCCACCACAAAUGCACUAGCCAUUUUCCUUGUAUGCAUCACCAUCAUCGGCCAAGCUCAUGGCAAGCUGGAGAUUGGGUUCUACACUGGGAAAUGUAACGCGAACGACGUCGAAAAAAUUAUUUUUGACAUAGUCAGUGAAGCAUUUAUAAAUGAUUUCAAAAUUGUAGCAUCUCUUCUCCGAAUGCAGUUUCAUGAUUGCUUUGUUAGAGGAUGUGAUGCAUCAAUCUUGUUAGAUGGAACUACGUCCGAGAAAACUGCGGGGGCUAAUGGUAGCGUUAGAGAUUAUGAACUUAUUGAUGCUUGCAAGGUAGUUUUGGAGCAAAAAUGCCCUAAACUUGUCUCUUGCGCAGAUAUUAUUGUCAUAGCAACUAGAGUUGCAGUUUUCAAGGCUCAAGGAAAGUGGUACGAUGUAGAAACUGGAAGAGAGGAUGGUGUCGUUUCGAGUGCUCAAGAAGCUCAAGCAAACCUUCCUGGACCAACAAUUUCUGUUCAAAGUGCUAUUAGUCUCUUUCAAAAGAGAAACUUGACUGCAGCUGAAAUGGUGCUUCUUAUUGGUGGUGGUCACAGCGUUGGAAUAAUUCACUGUAACUUUUUCCUAGACCGACUGUACAAUUUUCAGGGAACUAAGACAGCAGACCCAACCAUCAAUGCAACCACUCUAGCAUUCUUUAAACAAAGAUGUCCUAGUGAAGGAUCAAACAACUUUGUUUUCGCAGACCAAACUGUAGGAAGUGAAUUUCUAGUAGAUAAGGGUUUCUACCAAGCAAUUAGUCAAGGCAAAGGUGUUAUCCAAAUUGAUCAGCAACUACAAAACAAUACGUCUACCGGAAAUAUUGUGAGCAGGCUGGCCACGACUGAUGACUUCGCGUCCCAAUUUGGCGGUGCUAUGGUCAGCCUUGGUCGUGUUGGCGUCCUUACCGACUCACGAGGCCAAAUUAGGACUGAUUGCCGUCGUGUUAACACACCUUCUGCUGUUACACCUCCUGCUGACACACCUCCUGCUGUUACACCUCCUGCUGUUACACCUCCUGCCGAGACACCUCCUGCUGUUACACCUCCUGCCGAGACACCUCCUGUUGAGGCACCUCCUGCAAUUACACCUCCUGCUGAGACACCACCUGCUAAUGUACCUGCUGCUCAGCCACCUUCUUCUAGGAAGAACUUGAAGAAUCCGAAAAGCAAUAAGCCAUAGAUAGGCCAUAACUUCAAUUGACUUUAGUUUCAUAUAUACUGUCCUGGAGUAACAUAUGAUUCUUCAAAUAUUUGGAACGAUAGAAGUUCCAAACUUAUCCAUGUUUGUAUUAACAGAUGACUCAUACUAAAUGAAAAUUGUUUGAAAUAUUUAUUGCUCAAUGUAUUUUUUUUUUUUACUUCGUUUUGCUUAGUUGCUUCAUUCCUCUAUUUAGUUGUGUUCUAAAGUAUUGUUUGUGUAACCAGUGUUGAUCAUAUCCAAUUGUGCCGUUUGUACUUUCAUUUUUUCCUACUUU